AUGUGUGGCACUUUGGACUACUUGCCACCGGAAAUGGUCACAGGCGAAGAGCACCGUGAACAUGUGGAUAUAUGGUCUCUGGGCGUACUCUGUUAUGAGUUUCUAGUUGGUACUCCUCCAUUUGAGCACGACGACUCUGCUAAUACUUAUAAAGCCAUUCGUAAUGUGCGAUAUACAUUCCCUGCCUACGUGUCUAGCGGUGCACGGGAUCUCAUCAAUAAACUUCUUCAACGACAACCACAAGAAAGGCUGUCAUUAGAUAAUGUGCAUAUCAGUUAA